AUGAAGUGUUUUUUUAACCCGGUAACAAUGGUUUUGACAAUCGAUAUAAAAGAAGAAAUUGAAAAUUCAAUAAGUAUUGCACUCAACAAGUGUAUAAGAAGCGAUUCAUUUAUCGAGUCGAUUGUACACAAUGUGACUGAAGCCGUCAUAAGAACUAUAGAAACAAGAUUAUCGCAAAUGGAAAAAACAGUGAAGAAAAUUCAGGAUAAACAAAGUAUGAAAAUUAUGGAUUAUAAUGCACCUAUCGACCUCAGAAUCUCUAAGUCCAAGUCAAAUGAUUCUUACUCUGACACAAUUCGCAAUUCACGAAAUAUUUUAUUGAACCAAUCACCCAAGAAACUCCAAGAAUUACUUCAUAAUUCAAGUAUGCAACCUAACUACGGAGAAAUCAAUGCACCAACUCAAAUAAUAAAUAACAGAACAAAUCUCAUAAGGAAUUCCUUAGAAUCGAGGGUACCAAGUGUGUCACCUGAUAGCUCCCAGAAGGGUUGUUAUGAUUGUAAACAGACAAAUUCCCAAAACGAAGAGAUUAAACCAUUCAAAAUGGAAGUGAUUUCGCGCAGGUUUUCGGAGUGUUCAAUAUUGAGUGAUCAAGCCAACAAUAAUGAAAAUAGAAAAAUAGUUGAGAUAGAAACAACGUCAGAUAUUCCAAAAAAGAGAAAAAGGUCAAAUGAUACUCCAACAACAGUUCACUCAGAUUCUGGAUUCAGUAGCAAUGAAAUAGAAGAGGAUGAAGAUUUAUCAAAAAACCACCAUUCAAAGCCAUUAAGGAUAGAUAUGCCUCCAAUAUCAGUUCCUCCUAGCGAAACAGGUAAGUGUGACUCUAGUACGAAAGGGAGAUCUACAAGACCGUUCAAAGCUAUUACCUCUACAAUGAUUAUAGAUCCUUUACCGUUGAAAGGUCCUCUUGGAGAUUUCGAGACAUUCAGAAAAAAUAUUCUGUCAAGAGUUAAUUCUUCGAACCAAUCAACGAACCACAAUAUGCGAAGGAUGGGAAAUACAACUAAUACACACAUAACUGACCCAGCCUACUGGGAGAAACGAAGGCGGAAUAACGAAGCCGCAAAACGUUCGAGGGAUGCUAGAAGACGCAAAGAAGAUGAAGUAGCGAUCAGGUGCGCUUACUUGGAGCAAGAAAGGAUAUUAAUGUUACAAGAGAACAGAUUAUUGAAGGAAGCGUUACAAAAAUAUGAACAAUACUACAGGCAUUGAAUUUGUCUUAGGAAUUUCUGCUAAUAUGAAUAAGAUUUAUGGGCUGGACUCGUAUACCAAAAUAACAUACUGAAGAAUAAGAUAAUUUAAUGAACUGAAACGUUAGAGGUAAAUGUUGUUAUGUUCUAUAAAAUAUUUAUUCUUGACUGAUAAUACUGGAUAUCUGAGUUUACAGACUUCAGUCCGAAGCAUUUCUGUGAUUUCUUUUUGUAACAUAUUGUAUUUCCAAAUAACAUUUGAUAUUUAUUUAUGCUGUUCUAUUUUCAUUUUUAUUUAUUUUUCCCGGAAUGGGAAGUUUGUAUGUAUAUUCCUAUUUGUUGAACCUUUCUCUUAGAAGAAUAAAUUCCCAUAAAUUUGUGGACAUUAAA